GUUAAAAUAUUUAUAAAUUAUAUAAUAAAUGUAUAUAUAAAGAGAAAUAAUUGGUAGCAAAUGUAAAUAUCUAUGCAUAUAUAUAAUAAUGGUAUUGGUAAAUGGGCAUUCCGCAAAAAGUACUGAAAGAUUGAAUCAUAUAACACAUCAAAUCUUAUUUUUCCCAAAAAUUUGUCGAAAAAAGUAGAUUUCUACGUUUUCCAUUGUCUUCUUAUAUAUUUAUCAAGAGCUCAAACAUGCCCUACAACAGCUCGAACGUUCCUACCCAAUGCCAUUUCAUAAAUGAUAAUUCAUGAUAUCAAAUGCUCACAGAAAAACAUUGCCAACCUUAAUGGCAAUAGAUUGGACAGUUGGUUGGCUAUGGCUGUUGCCUGUGGAGAUGCGGUCUUAGGCAAGUACGACAAAUUUUAUGACCAAUGACUAUUUAAACUAAAUUUAAUUUUUUUUUGCUGAUAAGACACAUUUAAUAUGUAUGUACAAAAUAGUUUUUGCCGUAACUUUGAUGUUUUACGAUAUUUAUUUUUAUGUAUUACAUUAUUUUAAGAUUUGUAUAUUUUUUCGGUACGGCAAUUCUGUUUUCUAGUCGGUCGUUCCUUGCAAUUUCCAUUUUAAUUAUAAAGGCACACUUCGCGGUCGGAAGCUUCGUUGAUUACUACGGGGGUUGGUGUAUAAAGUUUUCAGUGCGGUAAAUGGAGAAAACAUCAUUAAUCUAAUCCAGAGUUUUGUUUUGAUUCUCGGGACGGCGAUACCACUUCGCGUUUGACGUCGUACAGUGGAAUAAACGUUUCGUUUUGCCAUCUAAAAUCGGAUAUAUAACUUAGAUACAUAUUACAAAGAAACUUGGAAAUCAUGUUAUAAACUGUUUUAAUUUUUUGAAUAACUAAGAAAGCCAUUUAUGCACUCAUAUGCUAGUUUUUAUGGACGGUAUAAUGAGGCAGAUUUGGAUACUGGUGUUCGAAUAAUAAAAUAGUCGUGUGCUUUGAAGGUGGGUUUUUCUUUGUAUAAGAACGACCGACCAGCUAUCAGUGAAGAAAAAAAUAUGAAAAAAUAUUUGUUCUAAAUAUAUUGCCUCGUAACUUAAAAAUAUCACAAAUAUAUGCAUUGUGCAAAAAUAUAUAAGUGUACGUAUUAACAUGUGUGUAGUUUUCCACAAUAAGCAUUGUGAUUUUCCUAACGGCAAAAAUUCUAUAUAUGCUUUGUUCAUAUAAUCGCCUUCUCUUCUCGCGUCUUACCUGUAUAUGGUUGUGCGCGAAUAUGUGUGUCCCAUAUGUGCAUCUAUCUGUUUGCUACUAUGCAAAGAUAUUCAUCUAAACGUAUAGUUAAAUUUGGCUUUGCACUGUAACAAAUUAACCAUUAAUACUAAACAACGAAUAAACUUCAGAAAUGUGCCUCGUUAAUGUCGUUUUGGCACUAAAAAAAUAAUAAGGAAAAAAUAGUGGAUUAAUAAGCAACUAAUGCAGCUAAGGAAUCAGAUCUAAAAAGUCGAGAAUGGUGCAACUACUACACUGAAUGGCAUAAUGCUAUCUUUACCAUAAAAAUUGAGGAUGUAAGUUCCGCUUCAGGAAACAUUUAUUCAGAAACCUUGUAAAAACAGCAACACUUUUAAAAUUUUGAUAGGUUGGAAAAGUAGUAACCUUUAAGCCGUUAUUAAAAACGUGGCACGAGCCCGAAUAUUUGGUGCUACAGCUCAGCGGAAAAAUUUAGUUUGACAGCCGUUUGAUAUACCGGAGGGGUCGUUCCAUGUCUGGAUUGCCCAAUUUGGAAACGAUAGCAUUGUAUAGGGAGAAGACAGCAUUAGCCUCACUCAGUACAGUCACCGAAAUUUACAUUAUCUACGAAUACAAGCAGAAUAGUGUAAAACGUAACUUGCAUGAAACACUUAGCCCAUUUGUUGCCAAAAAUGCUGACAAUAUUAACUUAAUUGAUCAACACAUAUUCAUCAGAAUACAGAGAAAUAAGGGUUUUCAUUUGAAUAUCAGCAAUGAAACUAGCAACAACGUAAUAGAAAAACGAACUAAAACAAUAGAAAAUAUUACACCCGAGAAAUCGACCCUAAAUAAGCUUAAAUCCAGUAUUGUAGAAGAUACCAUCAUAUUAGAAGCUACACUGGAAUACAAAAUGAAUCCACAAAACAUUACCUUACAAUUGCCGGGAACUGAGAAUUUCGCGAAUAAUUUGUCCGACUCUAAUUGCAGUAGGGUACUGAAUGUGGACGCUGUUUCCUUUAAUGCGGGUAGCGAGCGCAUAUUAAACGACAACAGUGAUAAUAUUAGUAAAAGCGACAUCAACAAAAUGGAUAUAAUUGAACGUGAACGGGACCGCAAACGUAAACGUUGUUUAACUGAAGAAGAUCACAACCGUAUAACACGCCACAAAAUGCAACAGCAGCACCAACUACUGCAUGAACAAGACCUCAAGCAGAAGUUUCAAAUGGAGGCACAAAGCCGUCUAGUACACGUGGCAGACGAGGGUGAUAAAACAAUAGUGUUUCCCAAGAAUUUGCGUCCCUCAUCAGAGUUUGUUCCACCUAACUACGAUAGUAACAAUACCGAAAGUACUAGUCUUGAUAUAAACGAUGACGAAGCACAUGCAAAAAAACUGCUGCGUUCAACUAUAGCUGGUCUCAAGCAGAAAACUGUCCCAAAAGUUAGCAAGAGAAGUUAUGUUUCGGAACGCAAGCGGUUUAAGCAAGAUGAAGACGCAAGUUGCCGAAAUCAAAGCAAACGCGCAUUGAUAAAUAAAUAUCGCAAACGUAUGGCCCAAAAAGUGGUAAAAAAAUCGGAUUUUGAGGGAUCUGAUUGCUGUGGGGAUGAUGUUCAUAAUGAACAAGCCGAUGGUUGUGAAAAUGAGCUUUUCAAUUCUGAUAACAGCAGUUCUAGAGAAAAGCUUGAAGAUACGGAUGUGUUGGAGGAUCAACUAGGUAAACAGCGACUGGAAACUGACACAUCAAAUGUGCUAGACUAUAAUACGUUUCGAAUUCUAAACGAUAAUAAUAGUUUGAAAAUGCGGGAAACAUCAACUAAUUCACUUACACAAAAUACGGCCAGAAUGUUUUAUAAUGGAAAGGAGUACGCAGAUAGUAGUAGAUUUCAGAGUACUCUGUAUUGCGGUCAUAAUGAAACGCACAUUACUGAUGCUACUACGAAAACAACACCAUGCAACCCACGGCCCUGGGAAGAAAACGUGCCGUCCAAUUCAGUUAUGCAAUUGUCAACAAAACGACCAGAACUACAUCAACAGAACAGUAAUUUGCACGAAUUCAUUGAGGCGGACCGUAGGCUUGUGCUACCCUAUUCAACAUCCACAGAAAACACACAGACAACCGGUCUAGCACAACGUGCGCAUAGCUAUAGAUAUGAUAUAAUGAAUGUUGGAAACGAGCGAUCGACAACGAAAACAAGCCCGUACGUUGACAGUGACGUAGACUUAAAGCAAUAUGAAAAUGCUACAGCUGUCAGCUGUUGGCAGCACAACAAAACGAAUUGCAAUAUAACUAGUGCUGAAAACAGUGCUAAUAAUAUUGAUGAUAAUGAUAAGGGCUGCACAAGUGAAAGCCCUGUUAGGGAGAACAUUGACUGUAAUAAAGAACAAACGUAUGUAUCCAGCCAAUUACAUAGUAUAAAAGAUUGCAACAGGGAGCAGUCAGUUUAUGCAGAGGAGCGUGCAGGUGAUAGUAACUCACAGCAGUUAGCAGUCACAAAUAUUAAUGACAUGAGUAAUUGCAAUACAUCUCUUAUGGGUAGUACCGUUAAUUUGAAAGAAACUGUUCAUUCAACGCAGCCGUCACGAAGGCACAACGAAAAUAUGGAAAAUAUUUGUAAUGUCUAUGAUGAAGUUGAAAGUGCCGGCACUAACGCUAAGACGAGCAAGGAUUCAAAUUGUGUUGAACAACACGAUGAGGCGUAUAUCGAAAAACCAGAAGUGGAUCGAUAUGCCUUAUCAUUAGACGAAACCAGUAAGACCAAAAGCUCAGCAUUAACAACAGUAUCAACUACUACUACAAAUAUAAAUGAUAUAAAUGAUACCACCACUAGUAAUAUUAAUACUACUUCUACUUCUACUACUACUAUUAAUACUACUAGCUCUACGAUUACAAAAGGUUGUGUUUCAACAAAUGUUACUAUUAAUAAGAUUCCUAAUUCUGAUGAUACAAAAUCAGAUUCCUCUGCAGCAAUAAAAACACCGGCUGCAAAAGUAUAUGCAGCUAAUACCGUGGAUUGUUGCGAAAACGGCAAACAAUUGGCAUCUACAAACAUAGUUAAUGAGCAUGGGUUAGGCGAAAGUACUUAUAAUUUGAACAAUUCACAGGAGUUAGAAGAAACUUUAUCAGCAUCAGCAACAACAUACGCCCCUCCACACACCAGCACCAGCGACAAUUUAGAUAACCGCAAUGAGCCCUGGACCCCAACGCCUAACGAGGCCUACCAACGUUAUAACAAUAGCAAUAAUUUUUGCCAAACCCCUGUUGAUGGUGGUUCAGAGGCCUGCCUGUCGGGGACAGCUGAGUUGGGCUACAAAAUAUCAGACGAUCGCAGGGAGAAACCGUUAAAGGACCAACAGACUGCUGUCAACAAACAAAAUGUAAUUAAUUACACUGCUGAGAAAGAGCAUCAGCUGAAUUCAAAAACUUCACACGAAAGUGAAUACUUACCGCGGCAGUCCACCGAUGCUUCUGUCUCAAUGAGCGCCACGAAUAUAUACAAUACUGAAUUACAGCUACAACAGCAAAGACAAGGGAGUCAGGACAUUCAACACUAUAUGCAGGCGCAGCUAUGUCAACAAAUGCAGCACCAGCAGCGGCAACAACUGCAUGAUCAACAGCAAGAAGAGUUAAAUCGUCAUCAUCACCAUCAGCACCAACAGCAAUAUCCUCAUGAUGCAUCUCAAGUAGUACAACAAAUUUCGUUGCACGAUUAUAAUUUACAUAGCCAUUCGCAACAACUACAUCCGGUGCAUGAUGCUUUGCGGCAUAGCCAUCAGCAGACCCAACAUUUUGCGCAACAGCAUCAGCAUGAACAAAGGCAUGAUGAGGAACAGCAGCAACAUUUAAUUGCAUAUUUACAUCACACUACCGAACAGACCCGAUUACAGGAACAAUUACAACACCAUGAAUAUCAACAACACCAGCAACAAUUUCUACAAGAGCAACAAAAUCGUCGCAAUCAACAUCAGCAACAACAACAAAUGCAGACAAAUUUUCUGUUAAUAGCCAAAAAACAGCCGAAUCAACAGCCGCAUAUAUCAAUGGAUUUGAAACGUAUAAAUCGUCCGCCACCCACUAGUAUUGAUGACCUCAUAAUAGACGAAUUCUCAGAAGAUCCCCAUGCAUCCUAUAAACUUGCUCUUUCACCAAAUCACGUUAAGCAUGAAAAUCAAGAUGAUGGCUAUGAGACCAGCGCCGGCGAUGUGCUCACCCCGAAUUCCCACAGCUCAUCAACACAUUCGGUGACGCCACAGCAUCAGAUGCAGCAUGGUAUCAAUCUUAUACCUCAACUGAAGUGUGAAGAUCAACAAAUGAUAAUGCAACAGCCACUUCAAAGCACUGCUAUUGAUGAAAUUAACCAACAACAACAAUCGCCGCGGAAUAAUACACAAGGAACAUUGCAUAGAAUGGCCAAUACAGAUAAUCAAAACGACGAAAUAUCUGGAUUGAAUGGGAAGGAAAAUUUGUCUACGGAUUCAUAUUCCUAUUUGGAGGACAUAGCGGGAACAAUGACAGCAGUUUCCAAUACUAAUAACACAGGAAAUAAAGGGAUUAUUAAUAUGCCGCAGGACGCACAACUUAGUAGUGAGACUGUUAAAAAUAGCGAUCCAAUUGUAGAAUCUUAUAUGUGUGCGCCCACUAAUAUAAUGAGCCAUCAUGUGAAUGAUAUGUAUAGUAUUCAAAAUCAGCAGCAACACCAAAACCAGCCACAACAACAGCAGCAGUUGCAUACGACCAACAUCGAAUUACCCCAAUCAAUGGAUUAUAAUUUAAAAAUGACACCAACAUCUGGAAACGGAUUAAGCGAUGCUGAACAGUUGGAACAUACUGUGAUACAUCAAAACUUGCAUCAGCAACAGCUACAACUUCCGCAACAAUCUCUUACGCCAAACCAAUUCAUUUUCACGGAAAACAAUGUGGUCCUCAGGCCUCCACAAAAGAAGCGUGGUCGCAAAAAGAAAAUUCAGUCAAAUGCCGACAAUACAUUGUCGUUAUCUUUACAAUUACUAACUGGAAGUAACGAAUGCGGUGUAACACCAGCAAACGGAGAAUUGCCAUCUAACUGCAUCGCUGACAACACGCUAAUGAACUCAAGUGAAAAUCAUGCUACCGGUCUGCUGAAGUCGAAGGAGCGCAAGAAGCACGACCGCUUCAAUGGAAUGUCCGAAGAAGAAGUCGUCAAGCGUACACUACCCGACCAUUUAUGUGAAAAUCUUGAUAUAGUCAUAAUUGGAAUUAAUCCAGGCUUAUUUGCUGCAUAUAAAGGCCAUCAUUAUGCUGGACCUGGCAACCAUUUCUGGAAAUGCUUAUACCUAUCAGGGCUUACAAGAGAACAAAUGAGCGCUGAACAGGAUUACAAACUAUUGAAAUACGGUAUUGGAUUCACAAAUAUGGUGCAGCGUGCGACUAAGGGCUCCGCUGACCUCACCCGCAAGGAAAUCAAAGAGGGUAGUCGCAUUUUAGUUGAAAAGCUUCAGCGAUUUCGUCCCAAAAUUGCUGUAUUUAAUGGGAAAUUAAUUUUUGAAGUUUUCUCUGGAAAGAAAGACUUUAAUUUUGGUCGCCAACCAGAGUGCGUAGAGGGAACCGAUACCUAUGUAUGGGUUAUGCCAUCAUCGUCGGCAAGAUGCGCACAGUUGCCGCGAGCAGCAGAUAAAGUGCCCUUCUAUGCUGCGCUUAAAAAGUUUCGGGACUACUUGAAUGGAUUAAUACCACAUAUGGACGAGUCCGAAUGUAUAUUCACAGAACAAAAAAUUAAGCAGGUUUGUGAGCAAGAGAAUUAUAAGAACUCCGUUACUAUUACUUCAGCAGUAGGGGUUUUAUGUGGAGCUAACAGUGGUGCAAGUAUACCUACUUCAGCAGACGGUAUGACCAUUACAUACAAUAGGAUGCCAAUGCAACCAAUUGAUGAUGUUGAAACAGGUGUAUCGACACAACACCAUGGAGCCGAUGGGAUAGGCAACGAUGGCAAUGAUAUUAGUGGGCUUUGUGUCGAUACUGGCAAUUGUGGUGGUUGCCCUAAUAGUAACGACGGCAGUGGCACUGUGAUAAAUAAUGGUGGAGGUAUCAACAGAGAUAGUAAUACUAUACCUAAUGAGAGUUGUUCUAUGCGUCAGGAGCAGGAGAAGUUUCCUAGAUUUCAGGGGAGUUCUACGGAGACUACCUACAUAUAUAGGACAAAUGAGAAUGAACGAGGCCACAAUAUGGCUGCUCAUACCCCCGGCCCUGGGCCACCGCCACCACCAGGCACUUCAGUUAUAGGCUCCAUUAUACAACAUCCAAAUGAAAACUACAUGAUGACUGGAAAUUAUGUGCAACCACCACCGGAGAAAAAAAAGCGCGGGCGUCCAAAAAAGAUCAAAGACUUGGAUUCAAUCGAUACAGUCGCACGUAAUCGUAUGCAAAUUCUGGGACAGAUGUCAAACACUAACGAUUUUGGCAACAUAUUGAACUUGUCGAUGAUGAGUGGUGGCGGAGCUGGUCAAAGUGGCAAUGAUGCACUUUUGGGUAGUGCGGGUGUCGGCAACUGUGAGACGCCAAAGAAGAAGCGCGGCAGACCAAAGAAAGUGAAACCAACAAAUGAAGCUCAGCUAAUUCAAAAUACACUAAUACAAGGAAAGUCAAAUGCAAUGCCAAUUCCGUCACUUUCCGGCAUGGAUAAUAAUUUGUCCCAACGCAUGCAGCAGCACGUGCAUGCCAUUUAUAGUAGUAAGGAUAUGCCAAAGCAGCAACAACAACAUUCGUCCCAACAAACGUAUACAUCAAGUUCGCCUAUGAGGUCACCAGCAAUAAAUUGCUCAUAUUCUGGUAUAACACCGCCGACUUCAACGCAAUCUACACCGCCCACACAUCAACAGCAUUGUGAUAAAUUGCAUGAGAAUGUUAGUGGUAUCAUGGAGAGUCCCACGAACUUAGCAGCAACUCAAAGGGAUAGCGGCUGUAACAACAGAAAUAGCUAUUACAGUAGUAAACACAUUGGGGCUGUCAUAAACUCGAACAGUUCGGAGCUCCAUGAUGGAUCAACUGUAUCCACACCGCACGCAAUAACUUCAAAUGAACUUGUAAAUGAAAUACCAGCCAAUGCUGCUAUACAGGUAUCUAUAACUGCUGCUCACGAAACGCAGUUGGGUGAGUCUCCCCCUCCAAGUUCACCAAACAUAUGUACAGUUGACUUUGAACCACCAACAGCAAGUGCAGCUCUUGCAAAUGAGCACGGAACAGAAAUGCGUAAUCAGGGCCCAACUGAAAUAGAAUCACGUAUGCAACAACAUCAGCAGUUGCAGCAGCGCACACGAUACGCUAGUCCGGUAAACGAGUCGUCGUCUGAACAUCAAGGAGACGAUCACUAUCAGCAAUGGAUGAACCCGCACUCAGCAAUGUCAUUGUCAGCACAAUAUACUCAUCACCAACCAGAACAAAUACAACAACCACAACCGAUUUUAAACUUUGAGCAACAGCAUCAUAUCCAGCAGCUGCAGCAUCCAACACAGCCCCAUCGAGAGCCAUCAACAACGCCCAUGCAUGCACAAUGGGCGCGGCAGCAGCACUACGCUGAUAUCGUUGGUGGUAAUUAUAGCAUCACAUCACAACAUUUAAAUCACCAGGAGCAGCAACAAAGGCAACAGCAUCUGCGACACCCUCACCAGCAACAACAGCAGCAUAUUACUGAGCAUCAUCCCAGUCAUAUCUCACAUCAUCACUCACGUUUACCUACAGAUGUGAGCAGCAAAAGCAUCUCUGGUCUGGAGUCACUAGUCGAUCAAAUUCCUUCACUGUCAGAUAAUGAAUCAGUACCAAUAUCACCAGCAGUAGGAAAUAGCGGUGUAAAUGCAGCAGUGGAGAGUCGUUUACAAAGUUUACAGCAACAGCAACAACAACAUCAUAUCCAUCAGCGGCAACCGCACCUUGUUGCCGGUGAUACAGCGGUUGAAAUACAUACCGAUCAUUAUUGUACACCAAACAGCACAAUAAAUGCUGUUCCUACGGUAUCUGACACUGAUACAAUAGCGGGUAAUAAUAGCAGCGGCAGCAACACCCCACUCCCAAUUAAUGGUUUAUAUAGCGCAAAUUCUCCACGCAAUUAUAGUAUCCAUCGACUUAACUCCUCAGCUGCUUCAUCGCCAGUAAUGAUGUCACCUCACCAUCAGCAGACACAACAUCAAAUUUCGUUACACCAACCUUACGGAAGUUCAGUAAGCACACCGCUAAUGGCAGAUGUUUUAUUACCAUCAACGCCGAUGACAAGCUCAGCUAGCCAUACAAAUAGUCCAGCCGACAAAAAUUUGGUUGAAGACGUUGCAAAUGCAUGUACACCACCAAUCAGUGGCACUAUCAAUACUUCAACAGUGCCGACCAGCUUGUAUAACAACGUAACAAUAACAAAUAUGCACAAUAUAAGUUCUAAUAACUUUUCCGUAAGCAGUUUAGCCGCUUCGUCUGUUACGCCCAGUAAUAGUUGCAGCAGCAACAACAAUUAUGCUUCAUUGUCGACAACAACUUCGGCAGUUGCCGCAAGCAAUGUAUAUCAUCAUACAAACUUUAUGGCCGCUGCUGCCUUAGCUGCGGCCGCUGUGAAUUCACCCACCAAUCAUUUACAGACAUCACCCAGAUCUGCCGCUGCCGUGGCGGCUCAUCACGCAGCGCACCACCAUGUUACACAUCAACAAAUGUAUUCACAUCCACAUUUGCCACCACAUAUGGCAGGUGUUAAUUCCGUGUAUGCUCCAGCACCAUCACAUCAUCACCACCACUUGACACAUCAUCCAGCACACCAUCAUCAUCAUCAUCACUCAACAUACGGUUCAGCAGCGCAACACAGUACUAAUAGCGAUUAUGGCAAUCCUUUUUGUACGCCCACCGUUACCGGUGCACCACAAACUGCACCCCUCCAUUUACCCAGUCCCAAUUAUCCCUACGGUUAUGGAAGUCAAGUAGCCGUUGCUGCAGUAGCUGCUGCCCAAAGUAAUUAUCCAACAGCGAUGCAUUCUCAUCAUACACAGUCCCCGGAAGCGAGUGCACCACCACCACCCGGUGCGGUAUCCGCCGCUGCAGCAGCUGCCGCUGCUGCAGCCGCUGCUGCUGCUGCCGCCGUUUAUCAUACUCAUCACCCCGGCCAUCAUCCUCACGCAACACAUCCGCAUGCUCAUCCGUUAUCGAUGUUUGAUCGACUGAAACCGUCCGAUAUAGGUGGUUAUGGCGGGUUCUGAUGGUGAAAAUAAAAUCCAAAUUACGUGUAUGCAUAUGAUUAAGAAGAGUUGGGCCAUGCCGAAAGCGACGUUUAACUAUCAAGUUAAAAUAUUAUUGUAAUACUUGAGAAAGAUCCGUUUUAUAAGCAAAUAUACAUAUAUGAAGUACAUGUGUAUAUAAACACAUCUGUAUACUUAUAUACUUUAAUGUAAUUAAAGCAAUUUAAGGCAACCAAAGACUAAGAUUCUAAAGCCGUUUCAAACUAGCCAAUCUUUUGUGAGUCAGUCUGUCUGUCUUGAUGUCUGAAUAAUAAGGCAUAUCUUUAGUUUUGAGUAUGUUAGUGGAUAUGUUGAAACUAGGAUCAAUAUACUUUUAUAUUCAGAUGAAGUAUUGUAUUACGUAUCUAAUUCAAUUAUCUCAUCUAUUCAAUAGAACACCAAAUAAGUAAUGUGCUCCGCAUAUUACUAAACACUAUCAUGCACUUUCUCCUCUUUAAAUGCCACUGUAAACACUGUUGGAGUUCAUGCGCACAGUUGAAUGUGACUCUGUUUAUACACAAGUAAAUAUUGAUUUAUUUUUCAUAACGAAGUUAACAAAACAUCCAUACACUUUUCCUCCAUUGUCUAGCCUUUGCAAGACUGAUGGCGAAACAUCUCGGUAGUCUUACCUUUGGUGAACCAGGAAUCAUAGCCGAAGCUGACUUUAGCCGUCUCAUCAAAUUUGUGAUAGGCUCAAAGCGCUUUGUCGAAUUGGGAGGGUCUUAUAAUCAACUAUAUGGAAGCUUCAAUUGAGAUACCUGUUAAAAUCGACCUCUUAACCUAUCCUAAACAAAACAUAAAUAUAAUCCUCAAAAACUGCGUCUGAUGUAUUUUGCUCAGUUGUCUCAGUUUUAAAUUACUCCGUACAUAGCCGUAAUACAUAACAUGGUAUAAUGAACCAGAUAAUAGUUGUCUUCUCUGCUCGCUUAUGUUCUCUUGUCAAAAAAAUUAUCAAUAUUUAUUUGGCAUAUUUUAGAUCAGUUGUAUUAGUGUCAAUGGUUCAAAUGACAAAUGAAAAUACAAACUUCUUUUUUUAUCUUUUGUUCUAAAAUCUUAAAACUUAAAAUCAAUUACACUAAUUUAUAGAAAACAAAAAUUAAGGCUUACAGCAACGUUUUUUAAUGUGAAAAAAAUGUCUCCACUAAGAAAGAAUCAUAACUCUAUUGCGGAUGCGUCAGCAGGCAUGUUAGCGCAGGGUUGCACUACAAGUGCAAGGUUGUUUGAGCAUCUGGUAUAGCUUCUUUGAUUCGCUAGAGAGUAACGCUUCGCGAAUCGAAGUUACCUAACGUAACCGACUAUUGUCCGACUAAAGUAACUCUUAAUACUACAUAAAUCUUAUGGAUAUGAAUGGAAAAUUAAAAAUACAACGACCAUGGUCUCGUGGUACGUAAUUCUGAAAUGUCCAAUAUAAAAAAAUUUUUGUGAUAGGAUUUUUAAACAAAUUUAACAAAAAUGCUAAAAAUGAGACUUAUACGAUAUGAAAACCUGUUAAAAAAUUUAUUUGACUAAUGGUCCACUAUGUCUAUUAAUUAUAUAUAAAAAAAACUAUUUAUGUAUAUCUUUAAGUUUUAUUUACUAGCAUGCGAGUUUAUCUAGUGGUGCUCGGUCAGGCAUAUAUAAUUAGAUCCGUUCUCUUAUAAUCAUAUCUCCAAAAAAUUUGCAUACCCUUAUAACAAUCACAUAUUUUACAUAUAUGUAAAUGAACAGAAGGCUUAAACAAAUUUUUGUUUGUUAUAAAAUGUAUUCAUACACAUUUAUAUACAUAUAUGUUUACUUUAAUUACUAAUAAAAUUUAUGUGGUAAUUUAGAUUCGUAGAAUUUUCAAGUAAACUUUGUAGCGAGUGAAAAUUUUACCAAGUACAUAACCAAUUUGAAACAGCAAAGCGAAAGAUACGGAAAUGAAAAAUAAAACACUUUUAAACUAAUUUUAAGAUAUUAAACAAGUAAAUAUAUUUUUAUGUAUAUACAUAUUUGAUACAUAAAUGGCUUCAAAAGCUAUUAUGUAGAAAACAAUAAUUUUAAAAAAUUCAACAAUGAAAGCAUGAAAUUAAAAUUAACUGCGUGAUUACUAACUUUUUAUUUUCCUAAGAAAACUGAUUAAUCUCAACACAAAGGAAACUAGUGACACUUAUUUAAGAAUUUAUUAUAUAAUUAAAGCAUAGCAAAAUAAUAUAUAUGAAAAUGAAAAACUAAUAAUAAUAUUUAAAUAAAAAGUUAAUUUGAACGAACGAAGUACAUAUUAAAUAAGUGUAUUGUGUAAACUAAUGACAUUUCUACGCAAAUUUCGAUAAUUAUUUAGUUCAGUAGUUAUAAAUCAUACAGAAAGUCAGCAACAACAAACUGAAUAUGAAAAAAACGAAAGUAAAUAAAUGCAGUUAUGGAUAUCAAUUUA